AUUACUUCAAAUGUUAUUUAUUUAGUUACACAAAUGAAAUCGUUGCUAAUUUGCAUUUUAUGAUUUGUAGGUUCCUGACCAGGGCAUCUCAACUGUUCGGCAGGAAGAAAAGGGAAGUGUCUGAUGUUGUGGCUCGGCAAGCGAAGGAGAUUGAACAAUUAAAAGCCGAAGUCCAAUCCCUUAAGCAGCAGAGGAACGCUGCCGAACAAGAGGAAGAAGGAGAGGUGGCUGGUGAGGCGUAUGUUCCACAACCAUACGCUCCUCAGGAUGAGGUACAACCACAAAAUUAUGCUGAGGAGUUCAUUUCCCUCAACGACCAAGGUAUCCUAUACAAUUUUGAUGACCAAGCGGCCCUUACUCAGCAAGUACAUCUCUGCUCUGACAACAUCGACAAUAUUGUGGCCCGAGGGUAUUUGUACGAGCAUGUGGGUGUGGUCAAAGUUCACUGCCAGGAUUACGAUGAUUCACAUGCUCGGAUCAUGGUUUCAGAAAUCCUGCAAGAGGACGCUGAAAUCCCAGUCCCACUUGAAGAGUUCAGAUAUGUUAGGGACGUGUACCAGAUGUUCCUUCCUUGGCCUAAACACUUAAUUUUAACAACCGAGGGUCCACUCGCUCAACCGCCCUCAAGACGUGAUGCGUCAAAGGGGAAAGCUCCGAUGCUUUCUCCACAAAGCCGUGGUGCACGGGAAGAUGAGUUGUUCACGGAAGAGAAGAUGGCGUUGAUCCCUAAUUCGCUGAAAUGGAUGAUUCAUGAAUUCCUAAGGCUCAAAGAUAAACGUGAUAUAAUCACAAUUCCUGUCCCCCGAGGAUUCAUUGCACCGCGUACCCAGAUCACGUUAUCUGGAGAGGAUUUGCAGCAGGUUGCUACGUGUGACUACAUCGGCAACCAGGGAAUGCUGUUUGGAAUGAUGCACAUAUGGGAGAGCAUCAACGGUCUGAGAAAAAUUUUCAAGUUUUACGACCCAGAGCUUCUCACAGUGCAUGGGAUCAGCGAUGAAGAACAGAGUCAGUCUUUUGACGAUGCGGCAAGACGAUUGGCUAAUUGGUUAUCAUUAAUGAACAGCAACCACCAAAUGUUCUUUAUUCCUUGGAAUAUCGGGAUGCAUUGGACGCUAGUGGUGGUUGCGCCAAAGAAAAUUAUCCAUUUAAACCCUCUAAAAGGCCGCCCAAUUCCCGAAGAAAUAGAACAAAUGAUCGGAAGGGCAUUCAUGUAUAUAGGGGACGCACAUCAGUAUCUUGGCCCGUGGCAAGGAAUUGCACAAGCAAACUGUCCAAGACAACCUAAAAGCCAAGAAUGCGGUUUUUAUGUUUUGAAAUAUAUGACUGACAUCGUCGCACGUGCCAACCCCAACCGUUACAUAGAAGAUCAAAAAGCUUUUGGGGGUAAGAAGCAAUACGAUCCAAAAACAUAAAUUUUACCACUACAGCGAAAGUGGAUCGAACAAUUGAUGGCGGUGAUUCACGGUGACGAUUGAGGUUCAAAGGUCGAAGAAUUUUUCUUCAUUAUGUAAUUUUUAUAGAUUAACUUGUAAUUAGAUUUAUUAACUUAUUAAUAUUUUUAACUAAUUUUACAUGUUUGUGUAAUAUUUAAUUAUUUUUAUGAAAUCAAAUUAUGUUUU